AUAUGUCACUGUAUCCCUCCGCCUGCGGUAGAUGUGCUGAGGCUGGAGUAGCCACCAUUUUGCAUGUCUAGUGUGUUCCUCCCUCCAUUGCUAAUAGAGACGAUUCCAGUUCUUUUCUGGCAUCAGCACGGCUAAGAAUGCCAGCCCCGAUCAGACUGCGGGAGCUGAUCCGGACCAUCCGGACAGCUCGGACCCAGGCAGAGGAGCGUGAGAUGAUCCAGAAAGAAUGUGCUGCUAUCCGCUCGUCUUUCAGAGAGGAAGACAAUACAUACCGCUGCAGAAAUGUGGCAAAGCUUCUUUAUAUGCACAUGUUGGGCUAUCCGGCACACUUUGGACAGUUGGAGUGUCUGAAGCUGAUUGCGUCCCAGAAGUUCACUGAUAAACGAAUAGGUUACUUGGGAGCUAUGCUGCUGUUGGACGAGAGGCAGGAUGUCCAUCUACUAAUGACAAAUUGCAUCAAGAAUGAUUUGAAUCACAGCACACAAUAUGUCCAGGGCCUGGCCUUGUGCACUUUAGGCUGCAUGGGUUCUUCAGAAAUGUGUCGUGACCUGGCAGGAGAGGUAGAGAAGCUGCUCAAAACAUCCAACUCUUACUUGAGGAAAAAGGCAGCUUUGUGUGCAGUUCAUGUCAUCAGGAAGGUCCCAGAACUCAUGGAAAUGUUCCUUCCAGCCACAAAAAACCUGCUGAGCGAGAAGAACCACGGUGUUCUCCACACAUCAGUCGUCCUCCUCACGGAGAUGUGUGAAAGAAGUCCUGACAUGCUGGCCCACUUCAGAAAGAAUGAGAAGCUGGUUCCACAGUUGGUGAGAAUCCUGAAGAACCUAAUAAUGUCUGGAUACUCUCCUGAGCAUGACGUGUCAGGCAUAAGUGACCCUUUCCUGCAGGUGCGGAUAUUGAGACUACUGCGGAUUUUAGGCAAGAGUGAUGAUGACUCCAGUGAAGCAAUGAAUGACAUUCUUGCACAGGUUGCAACAAACACAGAGACAAGUAAAAAUGUAGGAAAUGCGAUCCUGUACGAGACCGUACUGACUAUAAUGGACAUCAAGUCUGAAAGUGGACUGAGGGUCUUGGCCAUUAACAUACUAGGUCGCUUCCUUCUUAACAAUGACAAAAAUAUAAGAUACGUGGCGCUGACAUCUCUACUAAAAACGGUACAAACAGACCACAAUGCAGUGCAGAGGCAUCGGAGCACCAUCGUGGAUUGCUUAAAAGACCUGGAUGUAUCCAUCAAGAGACGUGCAAUGGAGCUGAGCUUUGCCCUGGUGAAUGGCAACAACAUUAGAGGCAUGAUGAAGGAGCUGCUCUACUUCCUGGACUCCUGUGACCCGGAAUUCAAAGCAGACUGUGCAUCAGGAGUCUUUCUAGCUGCAGAGAAAUAUGCUCCUUCGAAAAGAUGGCACAUAGACACCAUUAUGAGAGUCCUCACAACAGCAGGGAGCUAUGUGCGAGACGACUCUGUUCCCAACCUCAUCCAGCUCAUCACCAACAGUGUGGAGAUGCAUGCCUAUACUGUUCAGAGACUUUACAAAGCGCUGCUGGAGGACAUCUCACAGCAACCUCUAGUGCAGGUAGCGUCCUGGUGCAUAGGAGAGUAUGGGGACCUGCUGGUGUCAGGGCAGUGUGAGGAGGAGGAGCCUAUUCAGGUGACUGAGGAUGAAGUCCUGGAUGUGUUGGAAGGACUUCUGGUGUCCAACCUGUCCACACCUGUGACUCGGGGUUAUUCCCUUACUGCCAUCAUGAAGCUGUCUACUCGCUUCACCAGUGUAAACCGUAUCAAGAAGGUGGUUUCCAUAUAUGGCAGUAGCAUUGACGUGGAACUUCAGCAGAGAGCUGUUGAGUACAAUGCCCUUUUCAAGAAAUACGACCACAUGAGGCCAGCUCUCCUAGAGCGAAUGCCCAUUAUGGAGAAAACUGCUACUAAUGGCCCUACAGAGAUUGUACAGACAAAUGGGGAGACGGAGCCUUCUGUUGUGGAACCAAAACAUCCACCACCUGUCACCCAGCCAGCCAACCAGGCUAAUGAUUUGUUAGACUUGCUGGGUGGUAAUGAUGUGCCGGUAAUCCAGACCACAAUGCCCACCAAGCCUGCUUCAGCUGGAGGAGAGCUGCUUGAUCUGCUGGGUGACCUCUCGCUAAGUGGCGGUCCAGCCCCUGCUCCUGCUCCCUCAGUGCCCACUUCCCAACCCCCUUUCCUCUUGGAUGGCCUCUCCUCACAGCCCCUGUUUAAUGACAUUGCAGCUGCAGGUAUUCCUCCUAUGACUGCAUACAACAAGAAUGGUCUGAAGAUUGACUUCACGUUUGAGAGAGCUAAUCCCAACCCAAACAUCGCUGUCAUCACCAUCCAUGCAUCCAACUCGACGGAGGCCGACAUGACUGACUUUGUUUUUCAGGCUGCAGUACCAAAGACAUUCCAGCUGCAGCUCCUCUCCCCUAGCAGUAACGUUGUCCCAGCACUCAACCAGGGAACUGUCACACAGGUCAUCAGAGUUCUAAACCCACAGAAGCAACAGCUACGAAUGAGGAUCAAGCUGACGUACACCCACAAAGGCUCGGCUGUGCAAGACCUGGCUGAGGUUAAUAACUUCCCCCCUCAGUCCUGGCAGUGAUGAGCUGCUCCCGCUACUCUUGAAAGCCCCACCAAGGGAACUAUGAAAACGAUUUUCCUUUCACCUCCCACCUUUCUUCCAACGGAUCCCCCUGUGACGUCACUGCAGACCGCUGCCCUCGAGUUGCAUGGGAAGCAGCAGAGCAUUGAACACAGGAGAAAAAUACAGAUGUUACGAAGACCCUAUUGACUAUCGACAUCACGAGAAUAAUUGGGAAAACAUAUCAAUCUAUGAACUUUCUCCUCUCUUUUUUUUUUUUUUUUUUUUUUCUUAAUUGGUUUCCACAGUCUUUACGCUUAGUACAUGCACCCUCCGCUCAGCACCACUCCCAUCCACUAAAGCACAUAUGCACACCAUCCACUGUGGUACACCUUACCUCUCAGGUCUCUGUAGAGAAAAAGCGUGUUCCACAACGAGCACUUCAGUAACCAGUUUUAUUUGAAAAUGCAGUUGAAACACUUUGCUCCUUUGAUAUUUAUGAUUGGCUUCAGAUUUUUAUAUGAACCUUCAGUCCCACGUCGGCAGCAGAAAAAGCUCUGAAAUGUUUAGUGCAGUUAUAGAUCACCCUGUUUUUGACCCUCCACUUCAUGAGUGAUAUAACUUGUCAGAGUUGUAUUCAUUUUGAAUUACAUUAAUUUGCUUAAAGCAUGUUUGAGCAUUAUUAAGACCACAGUCACUUGGAAAGGGGGUUUUCUGAUUCUGGUAGUAGGCCUCUUUUAUCCUAUGUUUCUAUAGGACGGCGUCUACAUUUGAUUUGUCACUAUGAAAGGACAGGAACAGCCCUCUCACCUGACCACCUGUGGCUCGAUGAAGGAAAACGCCCUCAGAUUAAACCACAGCUUUCAUCUCAUCUGUAGUAAAGUGUCCGUUUUUAGAUCUGUGUGAUAAAUUCAACGUUUAAUUGUUCUGCACAGCUUGCGGACGUUGAUUCGUUGCGUUGGACGUACAAUAAAUCCAGGCCUGAGAGUUAUCUGAAAACAAAUCGAUUGCAUUUUUGUUUGAGAUCUGUGUUUGAAAACUUUUUUGCAUCUGUGUCCUCAGUCGAGCUUGCAAUUCAGUUACAUUUCAGAUUUGUUUAACCUGGUUCAACUUGGUCAUCAUAUGCACAUACAUGUAAAUUAAGCUUGUUAUGAAUGUAGUUACAUGCACUGAAUGCCCCCCCCCCACCCCUUAAUUCUUCCUUUUCAUGUCUUCGUUGACGGGGACGCUCAUUACUAUUGGCACUAUUUUUGUGAAAGUCUGUUUUAUUUCUGCAGUAAUUUGACUUAAUUUAUGCCUGAUAUCAAAGUGAUGUGCCUUUCUAACUUGAUAACUAGAUAAAAGCCCCUGAAGCAUUGGGUUCUGUAUGAGCUCUGUUUGUAAGUCUGCUUGUGUGAUGAUCUUGUUUUCAACCUAAGGGAAGUGGUCCUGAUGGAUUAGAGUUGGUAUAUCACUUCAUUUUAUUAUGUUUUCUUCACUUAUUUGUCUAAUCAGUUGAUCAUCAAUCACCCACUAAUACUGGCCCAUGUGGAUAUCCACAUAAAUGUCAUCUUGUCUUGACAAAGGUAUAAAUUAUUGCUACGUGUUGUUGAUUGUUUCUUUACAGUGUGGCAGAUGUUUAAAUAAAUUCCUGCAAGUCUUGCAAACAAAGGAAAUCUCUAAGGAUAAUGGCAGCUAAAAGAUGUAGACAUUUCAUAAGCUGGCAUCGAGGUUGCAAGUGAAAAGUGGGAAUGUCGUUCAAAUAUCACUAAGGACCCCCUCCCCCUCAUGCACCACACACACACACACACACGCACACACACCAACAGGCAUUGAAAUGUUAGUUUGGAUCACUUGGUGGUGAGGUACUGGAACAGGUUGUUCUGUGGUGACUGUUUGAUGAUUUGACUAUGAUUUCUUUGCUCUCGUCUUCUCCCAGACGAGAGCAUGCUGUCGGGGACGGUAACCUUAAUACCUCACAAUGUUCUCUUUCUUUUCUCUGUUAUCUUUCAGUGGCAGUAGACAGCUUUGUUUUGUCAUGAAUUGCAAUCAAGGGGAGCAUCUGCAUGAGAGAAACUAACCGUAGUUUGUAUCUUACAUAACCUGCGAUGCUGUGUUGACGUCCUCGGAUGUUCAGUCGGGCUGUAUGAUUCUUUUCACUAUGCUUCACUAUCUUCUAACUUCUGUGACCAAAUCAGAGAGACUAUUAGCUUUGGAAAUAUUUUUGAGCUAUGAUAUGUGUAUAUGGAGAAAAUUAUUUCGGUUUAACUUUUUUUUUUUUCCUUCUUCUUCUGUUGUUGACAAAUGCUAUAUUGGCUUUUUUUUCUGUACAUAUUGAGGGCUUUUACAAUUUUGUCUCUUGUACUAUCUUUCAUCCUUUUUUUAGAUGCCAUUUUCUAAAAAAUUCCAAUUAUUCACAAUGUAUAUUGUCUAAAUAGAUCUAGUCAACAUCAGUCUAUUGAGACUUCCCUGUAUCAUCACUCGUUAAUGUAAAAGAUAUAUGAUCUGCUGCCUGUACAUUGUAUAUAGUUGUAAAACAAACGCUGAUCAGAUUAAAUAAAACCCACAUGAAGACUUAAAAGAAUAGCUAGAAAGUAUAAUUGUAUGCAUAUAUUAAAAAAAAAAAAAAAAAAGCAGAUAAAAAAAAGAAUCUUACAAGGAUGCAAUUGAUCUGGAUUUAAUUUACUAUUUGUCCUUCAUGAUCAGAUGUGUCAUCUUAUUUCACACAGAUAGUUGUCUGGUCAGCAGGUUACUUGGUGGGGCUCUUUUGGAUGUUGAAAUAAGGGUUGAGUCUGUCUGAAUGAUGUACUGUACUACUGAGAAACUGAAGCACAGUGCUGCACAGCGGCAGAAGUGGCGCCUCGCUUCAUUUGCUUCCCCUCAGUCGCCUCAUGCGUGCCCUCCCUUGAAGAGGGGGAGCAGCUUUCUUUGCCGAGGAGCAAUCCUUCCUUCUGGCCUUACGUGCACUCUUGUCAAUUCACGUCUAUUAAACUCUUCAACCUACGAACUGUAUCAGGAAACGAUGUCCCCUGUGAUUUCUGAUUCCGGUGUGUUCGCUCUUCUUGUUGCCUGGUUACCUUUUCGUCUGCCAUGUUGUACCUUCCUGAAAGCAUCAUUUCAAGCGAGCAAGCAAACAAGCAAGCAAGGCCGCAAAUAGAAUCAGGUUUUUAGAACUCAUUGUAAGUCAUUUUUUUUCCACAUUGUGAUUUAAAUAGGUUUUUAGCAGGUAAUGAGUGUGGUAAGGGAUUUCAAACAAUACGGUGCAUUCUUUUGCUUUCCUUUCUUUCUUUUAGUCGCUUAUCGCUCAAGUUAUUUGUGUCUGCGUGGCACAACAUUCACUUGAACUAAGUCUCCGAAACAAAAGGCUGUGCUAUAACACGUGAAACUGGUCUGAGCCCUUACUAUUGUAUUAAAUCAAACUUGACAUGACUGCGCAUCAGGGCAUGAUAUGACAGAGAAAGGCCGUGGACUUUGUCAUCAACCUUUGGUUUAAGCAAACCUGGGGAUAGUUUGUGCUAAACGCUAACAGCCACAGGGGGGAGCUGUGCAAACUGGAAGUCUGACUGGGAUGGGGAAAGGAAGUUUCAUUCAUCUAUUCCUGAAUGUUUUCUUUUUUGUUGUUGUUUGUUUGUUUGAGUUGUAUGUAUUAUCCUAUUCAACCAAUAUGUACCCUUAUUAAUCACAGCAGAUCAGAUUUUGUUUGAUGAUAUAUUAAUUCUUGCAGUUUAAAAUGUACAAAUGGAAAAUGAACCCAACUUGAGUGCUCUGGACACUGUAACUUAAAACAAGAAAAGAAAUGGAGAGAUAUACCCAUCAGCUGUGCGUGUGUCUAUGUGCGUGUGUGUGUGUGCGCAUGUGCGUCUUGGAGAAAUAGUCUUUUAAUUGACAUAGGACAUCAUCAUUUGGUUCUGGCUGCAACUUCAACUUUCAUCUUCUUCGCUGCAUGUGAAACCCAGUGUAAAUAAUGCCAUUUCUACUCUUGACCUGAGACGUGGGUUUUCUCUUUUUUUGUUUUGUUUUUCUGAAACGCAAGAAAAGUUCAAAUUGUAAAAUCUGUCACACCAUAUUCCUGGGUCAGUACUAACGUGUACAAUUAGAGGGUGACCAGGUAGUUCUUGCAAUGCUGUUUUUAAGAGGGUCUUGAAAACGCACAUCUGUCAUUUGAAUUAAUCAGACAAUUGAUUUUUGGUUUUAGUUUUGAAAUCUGUGUGUAAAGGGCUUGGAGGAGCAUCUGAGUUACCGCCAUAUUCACUUUCCCCUGUCGAAUCAAAAAUGAAUGCAUCGACUGUACUUUGAGAACAAAAUCUGUAACCUGUACCUCCCACCCUCCCCUCAAAGACCCCCCCCCCCCCCCCCCCCCCCCGGCUGACAACAAAAUUGUAUCUGAUUUGUUGGGCGAAGUCACGAGUUUCACUGUCCAGUUUGACGCGUUGAACUGUGUAUGCCAGCUUCAAGGUGAGUGUGAAUGUCAGACUGAAAAUAUGAAGUGAUGAUUAAAGACGAGAGGUUGUAAACUAUUAAAUGGGAUAUUUUCAAUUUAUGCUGUGUAUUCUUGUCUUUGGGUUGGAGAAAAUGAUCAAGCGAAUAAAAAGUCAAAAAUCUAGCUGAA